CCAAAAUCGCCAACGACCUUACUUCUUGAGCUGUAAAGUUAAAUAUUUUGCGUUUAAUCUCCUCUCGGCGUGUAAUAUCCAUUUUUAAAGUUGUUAACUUUGACAGUGUUCACCUUAUUCUUGGUUCAGUGGUGUGUCCUUAUCAAAUUGAAAAUGCCUCCAACAUCUUUAGUUAACAUAAUUGCUCUAGGACUUGUUGGUGUAGUCGCUUAUGGAAUCUUCACAUUUUUCAACAGUUAUUCUAGUGAUUAUCAGCUGGAAAAUAGACAUCGGAGUGAUAGGUCAUCCCAACGUAGAGCACCUCCAAGCAGGAAGGACAACACUUGUUUUUGCGAGGAUGAUAGGGUAACCAAUUGCACCCUCAUGAUCUGCGGACACCGGUUCCAUAAGGAGUGCCUCAAGCAAUGGGCAGAGGAACGAUCUCCACCCGAUUGCCCUUUUGAUCGAGAAGAGUUCAAUUUUCAACUGGAUGUUAAGUCAGAUUGAAUCGAACUUGAUGACAAAAAGUUGUUGAUGCUAGCGAAAUGUCAACAAUGGUAAUAGAAUUUCUUUCGCAAAUCUCAUGAAACCCUCACAUCUUUACAAGUAGAAAUUAUAGAAAUUUAUAUCGUUCAGAGGGUAUAAAUCUGAGAUAUUUAGCCCUCAAAGAGAGUGAUAAGUUCAAUAACACCCUCAAAAAAUGUAUCUAGUCUAAGAAAAAUUAAAUAGUGAGGCAGGAGUUGGUGAAAUUGAUGUUAUCAUUAAAUUUACUCUCACUAGAUAAUGAUCUGCUCAAAAAAAGUGAAAAAAGAAGUAAAAAAACUUCACUGGUUAGUUUUAAAACAUAAGAUGUUUACACCUCUCCUUUGUUUUAAAAAUUUGUCGUUGCUUAUUCGUACAUGUCCAAGGUAUGGUAUCAGUAUUGCAGUCCAACCACUAUUUAAUUUGAUGCUUAAUUUUUUGGCCCUCUCUUGUUUUUCCCCUUACUCUAUCCUAGUCUAUUUUUUCUACUUGCAUAACCUAAUGAAUUUUAACAUUAAUUUGUAGUAAGCCAUUACAGAAUAGAAAAAUACCGCGUGGCUGUAGUAGCAUAUCUUGGAAGGAGCAGGUUCUGGUAUCUCAUGCUUUGUAACAAUACAACUGUCACCUAUCCUCCAAAGGGUUUGUCUUAUGUGUGAAUCUUUAUUCUGUUACCCGUUUCAAUUUUUUUAUUUUCAAAGAAUUGGAGGAAAAAUUCCACAAUACCUAUGUCUCUACACUGACUUCAAACAGGCUCUAUGGAUAGUAUUUUUAUCAACCAUGUGAGCCGAAAUUUAUGAGGGUAAUCAACCUAAGCUCUCUCAACCAGUGUGGAUGCAACACUCACAAGAAGCAAUCCUUACGUUAUGCUCUAAAGAUCAAUUGACAUUCCCUGUUGGUUAACCAACUGAUGGAAUCCAGAUGUCACCUCAUCAAACUGUUUUUUGCUUGAGUAGAUAUUUUGUCAAAUUUUGUUGUAUGCUUUUGUAAACUCCCAAGUAAAACUUCGAUUAUCUGCAUCUAUUGAGGCUCAGCUUAUUGGGCUAAUUAAAGAGUUGGAACCACCCAUAGAAAAUGGGAAGGUGAAUUCUAUAUAUUUUGGCACCCAAUGUACCACCGAACAGGGUACAAAAUUACGAAUCAUAGCACAUGUUGCCUCGUUAAAAUUUACAUGGAAUACGAUGGACGCAUUCAAACUUUCCACAUUCAAUUCAUAAGUUAGAAAAUAACGGUUUUGGUCUGCGUCAAUUCACACUCUCUGCUCAUAGAAAAACCACUAGUUUAUUGGAGUCAAAUUGAACACUGAAGUAAUUUCAGUGUAUUCGUUGAUGGAAGAAUGUUCCUGUGUACUGACUUUUUGGACAAAAUUAAAGAUAUCUUCCUAUCAGAAUACGAUGUGAAUAUGUGUUAAACCAAGCUGUAGUCAUUUACCUAAUACGUAGGUUAACUUCAAUGCCUAAUUUGCUAGAAGUUUGAAUUCACUGCCUAUAAUGUAACAGCAGACAUAUAUUUCUCUUUUAUGAAGUAAUGUUGAAAGUUUUUGAUGUAUUCAAUGUGUUCUGUGUCAAAUGCUGAUGAGAAAUCAUGUGCUUUAGAUGUUAAUUUCUAACCCUGUCUAAUUAAUAUUGCCUUGCCAAAAAAAGGGCGUAGCUACACAUUGAGAUGAGCUGGGAAAAACACUAAAUUGUAUGGACAACACGGUUCAUUACAGAACGUAGUUACACCUUAAUGUCAGGAAGGCAACAAAGCGGUCCAUUCUACCAGUGUGGAGCACGCACUCACAGCUUCCGGAGGUUUGAUUUAAAAUACACUACUUAAAUUACCAUUCUGCCCUCAAUGUACACUGUUCUACUGAUUUUCAAUUGGACGUAUUUCUAUUAAACAGAACUAUGUGCAUUAUGACGUGAGCCCUGUUAUGAACAUAUUCUUAUGGGUCUCAGGGUUCAUGUCUUAAUGCACAUAGUUCCGUUUGAUAGAAAUACGUCCAAUUUGCCAUCGCACUUUUUUUCAAUUGGAUCCAGUUAAUCAAAGUUUUACUGUUUCUUCUUUAUGUAUGACAUGUUUAUUUUUUUAGGGCAAAUUUUGUAUUUUAAUAUUUUAUGAGGAUUUUAGGAGAACGAGUUAGGAUCGUUUAAUUAAUCUCAGCAAUUCCAGAAUGUACUCCAUUAUUUGUCUUGAGAAAAUGGUUAUUUCACUUAGAGCAACUCUCCUUGUGUGCAGCUGAGAUAAGUUAACUUUCAUUGAGAUGGUGUGAGUCAAGGUGCGCUUACCCUCUUUCUUUUUCUGCAAAUUGUGGCAGAAAAUCCUAUGGAAGUGUUAUGUUUCAUUUGUCGGUGAGUUUCAGCUAGAACCAAGACUGAGGCCAAUUUUUACCUCAGCAUCCAAAUUGUACGUUUUUUCAUUGAUUUUCAGUGAAAUUUUCGAUUUUUGGCUAAUUUAUAAGAUUAUCAUAAUUUGAGAUAAUGAAACUACUGGAACGCAUCAAAAUCACCAACAAGGUAUAAUUAAGGAGAAACAAACCACUCAUUUUGCUUUGUGUGGAGAAAUUGUGGUAUUGUACCUACUCAGCUGAGAGUUGUAGACAGUGUAACUCCUCUCUUCUUUGCAUUGCAGAAUGACGAAAAAAAAGACAUUUUUCUAAUGUGUAUUUUGAAAACAUUAGGAACACAUUUUUUGUAUCAAUUAUUCCGAGGCACAUCUCUAAGCAAUAUUUGAAGAAUAAAAAGUUAAUAGUUGAAUAGGAUGUGUGUUGCAUUCCUUACGGUUUACUUGAGAAACGAUACUAUCUGUUGUGCACCGGUGAAAAGAAAAUUGUCAGAGUAAGUUCCUCAAUAUAAGUAUUCGAGUAGUCCGGCAUUUCUUAUUGCUCCGUAGAACAUGAAUGAAAUCGGAUUAGAAUCAAUCUUUGUUUUCCUUUUUGAGAUGAAUUAUGAAUCAUGUACUUUAAAGUUGUUCAUAUGUUAAAUUUUGUAGUUUAAAAUUGUUGCUUCUGUUGCAUAUUUGAAAGGCUAUUUGAAGUAGCCACUAAUAAAUAGGGCACUCACAUUGUCGGAGGAAUGCAAACCUAGGCUUUCUUUCCAAUCAUAGAAAAAAAAUUGAGUUUCAGGUAGCGCUCUAAUAACUUCUUGAUUGAAAAGACGUUUUUCAAUAAUAACCAGCAAUCUUUUUAUCAACCACCUUUCUUUAGCUAGAGGCACUUUUUAAUUUUUUCAGUUAUUUUUUCAAAAUUUCCUCUGCCUUCUUCAAGAAUUUUCCCUGUGCUUGCAAGGAGGAAGAAAAGGCUAAAUUCAAACUUGGAACCAGCCUAACAGCUUAAAAUUUAAGAUUUUGCCUAAAUGAUGUAACAUCCUCCCUCUUUCCAACUCCUUGCAUUCUUUAUGAAUUCUAAUUUUAAAUUAAAUCCUAUUUAUUUUCCCCGAUGCCAAGACUCAACCUUCUUCUAAAAGAAGGAUAAAACACUAGUGUUGAUCUAUCAUGCUUUUUGUCUUACCAAUAAUAGUGAUCAGCUUAUUGUUAGUUUUAAGUACUCAGGAUCGAAAAAGUUGAGUGACAGCUUGUUGAAUGUAGUUAAAUGUACCAGACGGUUCGCUCAUAAAUCUUUUUCUGUCAUAAAGAUCGGUCUUCUAAAGACGUGACCAAGUUUCCUCUCUCCGGUUGGGCAGUGCAUAGAUUAAUAACUUCUAUUGUGACUCCUUUGUUUCAUAUCUCUGUCUUAUACAGGAUGAUCCAAAAGUUCCGCACCACCCCAGGGUUUUUGCCUCUUUUCAGGGUGAUUUUCUUAUAAAAUUUUAGGAGCUCUCGAAAGUCGUUUCCAUGGACCGAGGAGCACUCAUGUUUCAAGUCUUUAUCUCAAUUGGUUCAAAAGUUACAAGGGUAAUGUUCGGUGAUGGUGAUGAGGGACUUUUAGUUCACCCUGUGUUGAUCGGAUGUUAUUAUAAUAUCCAUUGUAUCUCGUUGAACUCUGCGAUAAGUAGGAGCAAAAUAAUUCUCGUAUGAUUAGGCUUCUUGUUAUUGUGUCAUCUCUGUAUUUGCUUGGGUGUAAUUCCGAGAAUUUUGUCUUCGCGUUAGUUUUUAUUUGUUUGAUGAAGCAAGCAAGCUCUUGUUUGUUCCCGAGCUUUAGUCUGAAAUCUUCCUGAAACGUAGCAAACGUACCUAUCUCAAAGAAGUCAUAACCAAUUUGGUGCUUACUAAGGAGGCCAUUGGUUGAAGGCCCAAUACGAAACGACUGAAUUAAGUUAAGGUUGACAGUGGAAAGAGGAAAUGCACUGAGCUUCUAAAACAAAUGAUUUGAUAGUUGUUCAACCAAUUGAUAAAACUUGAAUUUCGAGAAAUUUCUUUGACAAUCCUAGGAUAUGGACAGUGAAACUGCAGGAAUGCAAUCUUGGUUUGCGACAUUGUUGACUUUCUAUCCUAUUUACACAGUCACAUAUUACAUAAAGAGUAAAGAAUAGUAAGUAAAAAAAAAAGCAAAUAGUAUACAACAUAUAAUAGUAAAAAUGGUUAUUUCCCAUUAGAAAAAUAGUUCAUGUCUUUUCUUGAUAACCUCCCUGAUUUUUCAUCUCAGUGUAAAAACUAGUCAUCGAAAAUUUCAAGCAAUAAUUUUGACUCAUUGUAAAAUAAAGUAAAUGAGAGGAAAGAUUUUGAAACACAACAAACAAGAUACACAUUCCCGAAGUUUUACCGUCGAUAUGUAAAAUUUAUCGUGGAUUUAAAAAAAAAAUAAUAAUAAUAAUAAUAAUCAAGGGUUCAAGAAAAUUUUAAAUUGCAAGUGCUUGGAGGAAUGAUUAAACAAUCGAAUCUCCAAUCUCUGGCUAUAUUGCUGUUUAGAUCCAGCAAGGUGCUUAUAAGCACUGCUUGGGCUAGAUGUUAUCUGAUAGUGUGUUUCUUUUCUCUCUCUGAAGAAAAUGUAUUCAAUCAGGCAUUUCCAUAAGCUAAAAUGUAUCCAUUCACUGUUACUACGGCUCUUUUAAAAUUCUGUUUUGUUCACAGAAGAAAUUUCCGCCGUUCAAUAGUAUUUCUGUUUUGGUCACAGACUACGUUUUCCUCCUUUUAUUUUAGCUCUAGACAGAAAGUAAUAAAAAAAUUUUCAGUCCAAGUUAUGUCUAUCUAAUUUUCAACUGUGUCAGUGGUAAAAUUAGCAUAGCACUGGUCUGUUAACACGGCAAAAUUGAAGUAAGCGGUCAAUUGGAAUAUUACGUAUGAAAGUAACCCAACUCCAGUAAACUAGAAUUGGGGUUUUGAAUCUCUUUUCCCUUUUUAUCUACUUGAAACGAUAAGUCAACAGCAAGUCACUAAUGGGUGCUGUGUGUUUUACUCCUUUGCCUCUUUUUGCAGUGCUCAGACCAGUUCAUGGAUGUAUUUUAGCUUAAACAUUAAAACCAUGCAGCAUGAACUCUUUUUGAAGGGUGCUAAGUUUUAAGCAACUUGUGCUGUUUGGACUCGAGAACACUUAUAACCUCUUUAUUUUUAUGUUUUCUGUGAUUUUUUAGUUGUUGUAAUUGUUAGGAAUAUUAGGUCCUUGAGUUUAUUGAUACGACUCUGGUCUCAGUUUACCUGUGGUCCUUACUUGAUAGUGUUUAUUUCCCUGCCUUGGCCUUUUUUAGUGCAUAGAUUUCUCUUAAAACCCAGGCGCUUUCUCGUCUAUUUUCAACUUCUCUCCAGCUUUAACCUCUUUGUGUAUCCCUGUGUGUUAAAUUUUAAAAUUUGUCUACGUUUCUCAUUGCAUGGUCAAUAUUUCCUCACAAUAUAAAAAGUGCCUUUAAUCUUAUAUUACGCAUGGCACAUGAGUGAGUAUCUUAACAGUUUCCUGUAGGUUUUGAUUUUUUCCUUACAAUCAAUGUCCACUUUGUGACUUGAUUGCUCUUGUUUUUUUACCUCAAGUGUGAGGUUGGAUAUACUUUAGACAAAGUUCAUCACCUACUUUGAGUUUAUUGAGGUUUCCUGCAAGAAAAAAUUAUGAUGAUUUCGUCUUUAUCAAUUCAAUGUAACUUCCUUGAAAUGUUCUCCUUCAUUCAAGCAAAUACAGUCGGUGAAACCCAAGUAUUUUACUAUUAUUAACAUAAGAUUUUUGUAAAAUGUUACUUUUUUAAAUAAAUUUUUGUUUUCUUUUGUAAAA